GCGAAGAGUCAUACACGUAAGGAAUGCACUGAUACAUGUAUCUACAGCUGUACGUUGAUAUCGAAUACAAAAGUGUUUGAUUUCCUUGUUACCCAUUUCUUUCUUUGUUCUUAGUCAGUCAGCAAGAGAGGAAAGUCAAGUACACAUCUGAGGUAUCGAUUGCAGUCAACAACCUGCGAGCUGAGCGAUUUAGUUUGUGAUUUUAUUCAUUUAAUUUUCGAUUUAUGCUGAUUCACGUCGCUUGAGCUUCGCUAUGCGGGCGUGUGUGGAUAUAUUGAACGCAAAGAGAAUUCACGUGAAUGGAACUUCAUUAGAUACAGUGGAAACUCUCAAGAAAAAGAUCUCGAAAGAGACUGGCCUCUGGCCAUGCCUUCAAACUCUUCAUGUUUUACAGAAUGGAACAACUGUUGAAUGGAAAGACGACAGUAGCAUAUAUUUUGGAGACUUGAUAAAGAAGAAAGCAGUGAUAUAUUUGUCGUACAAAAAGGGCAAUUCGUCUUCUUCCUAUUACAUCAACAUAGUGACUGAAACUGGGCGAGUUUUGCUCGUCACUCCUGAAGGGGGAAAAUCGGUAACUAUAAACGAUUUGAAACAGCAGUUGUCGAUCAUACUGGGUCUACGCGCAGAUAGUUUAUUUUUGCGCAUUGUUGAACUGUCAAACCGUAUAAAUAGGCCACUUGGAGAAUUAUUCAAUACCUUAGAGGAUUACGGUCUGAUCAGUGGUUCUGUUUUGUACGUGCAGAUUCAUCCCUGGAGUGAGAGGUGAGUUGGUUGUUUACGUGACAAGUGACUUGGCUUCAAACAUGUGCUGUGCAAGUGACGCACACUUCAAUUUUACCAUUAACUUCGUGGGUGACUAAUGGUUUUUGAGAAAUUACUUAUUAAUCGUUUAAGUCUUUGAACUCAUAUUUACUGGUUUUAUAACAGACCAUGAUUUCCGAGUUCCAAAGGAGAAUUCUCCCUGAGAAUAAAAAAUUCACUCACGUACUUUCACUUUUAAAAACAAAGGUUCCGGAUGACUCAGAAAUUACCAGUGUUAUCGUUGAUGUUUCUUUAAUAAAUCUUAUUAAAUAGCACACAUGUACAGAGUAUGUUCUGGUUUGACUUGAUCCUUGGAUAAAAAUUUUAUUUUUCCUUUGUUUUAAAUUCAUUAUCAUAAAAACUCUUCCAAAAGGAAUGGAAGAAAUCAACAUAUGAAUUUAUGGAGCUGAACCAAGGCGUGUGUGUUGUGGCUCAGUUUUAUCCUUGCUUUAAAUUUUACUCUCUUUUGUUUCAUACUCAUCACACAUUACCAUUCCUGAAAACAAAAGAAAAUAAAAUUUAAACCAAAGAUAAAAUUGAACCACAACAUUUACAUUGUACAAGCUUACUGGUAAUAAAUUGACCAUUAGGGCUGUACUUAAGUUUAAUGCAUAGUUCAUAAUCUUGGACCUCUUUUGCUACGAAGCAGUGACCUUUUUGUCCUUCAUUGAAAGCCUUUGUGUCACCCUUCUCCAAAGGUGGCAAAAAGCUGUUACUUACUAGGUAAAAAAGGUGUUAGAUUUUGUUUUUUUUUCCAUCUGAAGACCUUGUAUUAGUAAGAGUAAGUAUUAAUUUUAUUGUUUUAUGAUCUUGAAUGAAUAAGGGACUUUAAGAUGCCACAACGGCAACGACAACGAGAAAGUCAAAAAAGCAACAGGUUGAAUAGGCAAAACAACAACUCUGCACAUGCAUCACACUUAUUUGUAUACUUCUUUUCCUUCAAUCCACGACUAUGACGGGAAAAUGCCUAAUUUCACGUUUUAUGGACGACGUAAACAAGUGGGGGCUAAUUUUUUUCUCUUUGUGAACUUGAAUAUAUAUGGUUCUUAGGAAUUUGGUUCAAAAAGAGUUGGCUCGCAUUUGACAAAGUAAAUGAGUUGGAGUAAUCGCGAUAGAGAUUGAAAGAACGUAACGUUUUCAUGGCUGUCGCCAUUUUGGUAUCUUAAACUCCCUAUUACUAUCUUGGAUCCUCAUGGUAAACUCAGUGACACAUGUUUAUGGCAGAAACAAACCUUUCACAGGAAAAAAUAACAGAUUCUCAUUUUUGGAUAUUUUAGUGUAUUUAAAGAAUACACAUAAAAAUCCCAAAUUUGGCAAAGUGAGACAAGUCCCAACCAGGGAAUUCCCAACCAAAUUCCCUGGUUGGGACUCGUCUCAUUCUUCCAAAUUUGGGAUUUUUGUGGGUAUUCUUUAAAUACCCUAAAAUAUCCAAAAAUGGGAAUCUGUUAUUUUUUCCUGUGUUUCCAACCAAAACAAACUCUAACCUCAAAUGCACUAGGUAGUCUGUGAUUACUACUAAUUUACAAGAGUAAAUAUAUAUAUAGCAUUAAAUGUAUCUCCACUAAUUUCCCUUAGUGCUUUUCAAAUUACCUGAUAUUUAAAUUAUAUUCAAUUUUAAUAGCUUAGUUCACUUUCUAACAUAAAAUUCUAUAAUUGUCUGUAAUAUCCUUUCUGUUCUAUUUACAGUUGGUUCCAUGGAAAAAUAGGGCGUGACCAAGCUGAGGAAAUUAUGUCUUCAGCUUCUGAGGGACAGUUUCUUGUUAAAGAGAGUGUAUCUUUCCCUGGUGAUUAUGUCCUAUUUGUACGGUAUGUUGGUCAUAUGUUUUGUUACUUGUGCUUAACAUUCUAAACUACUUCAGGGUAGAAGAGUUCUGAAAAAGGACUUAAGUGGCUCCUGGUAUUACGUCAAGUUCUUCCCUUAGUGCAGAUUUCUGAACUAUGAUAUGGAGAAUAAUUAUUGGAAGGAGAUUUUAGCAGAUAAUCAGAAGUCACUAAGGGCUCUAUGGCUCCCAAAAUAAUAUGAAAUAUAAAUGUACAUUCAAGUAAUGUUAUAUGCAAGUAAGGUGGUACAUGCCAUGUAUACCUGCCAUUACAUAUAAAUAAGGUGUUUUGCCAGAAUAAAAAUACCUGUUUUUGUUAGUUAGAUUGGUGGUUGUUAGUUAGAUGAGUUGUGGUCAGUACACUUCAGUCUAUCUUUAAAUCUAAGGACAUUUAUGCAGUUAGCCUAGUUUUAUAUACACAGGAGAUAUCAUUUACGUGUCUUAAAUAUAGUGAUGCUGGUCAAGUCAAGCAUUUCAAAGUAUCCUGUCACAAGAAUAUGAUGUUUGCAAUCAAUGGACGUGAUUUCUUUUACACCAUAGCUGAAAUGAUCCAGGUGUGAAAAUUUGUGUACUAAGUUAUUUAUUCAUUUAUUUACACCACCGUGUGUGGUUUGAGGUACAUUUAUUGUGAUUCCAUAUCUACAACACAAGGUACACUGUAAUCGUAGACUAGUUUAAGGUGAACAAGAAAAGCUACAUAAAAUAUAUGUAUGUUAAAGGGUAAAAAUAGUGAGUGGUGAGGAGACUUUAGAAAGCCAAAAAUUUUUGCCUUCGAUGUCCUAGAGAACGAGGUAGCUGAUAUCCUCCAUCCUUAUAUUCUUAAGGUUGUAACAGUGCAUUUAAGUGUGAUGAGGUGCACGUAUUUCUGAUUUGCACUGGGUCUAUUUUGUUACUUUGAAGUACUUCUUUACUAAGACAACAUUACAUGCCAGUGUCCCCAUGUGAAUAUUUCUUUCUUUUUUCAUUUUUUUUAUGCCUGGAGGGCCAUUAUUUAAUUAACUAACCUGGUAACUGGUAAUGAUCAUUUCUGUGUUCCACCCUCACUAAAUAAUCUUGUAUUUAUUUAACAUCUUUGCAGGUUUACAAGAGCAAAGAAGGGCUACCCAUUAAAGGCAAACUGAAAGAGCCUGUGACAAGGUCUGAGCUCUCUGAAUGUACAGGAGGAGAAGGUACUGCUUGUGCAGUUAGAAAAAGUCUCUUAACUGUGUAAUAAAAAAACGUCCAGGUAUUACAUGUUAAUGUUAAUAAUUAUUUUUCUUCACAUAUGAAAACCCAUAUACACCUGAUUCACUUGAAAAGUAUAAGACAUGAACAAUGAGAUCUAAUGGAUUUACAGGUACAAGUUUAUUGGCAUUGAAAUUCAUAUUUCUUUCCAUCUGGAGCUUCUCUUGCUGAUGUAUUGCAAUAACUAUGAAGUACUCCUCAGCGACUUGCAUCUGCAUGAGAAGCACAUGAUGAUAUUACAACAACUCUGAAAAUAAAUGCCGAGAAUAUGGUUAUUUAAAAGUGAUCAUUCCCAAUGAUUGGAAAAGAUUCAAUCAGGCAGGUAACCAUUAAAUUGGAGUAUUCUUCAACCUUGAAACCUAUAGACUGCGAGCAUUCUCUUAUUUUUCUUUGCAAAGUUACUACACGCAAAACCUAAUAAGCACGCGAGCAGCGAAGCUGCUUGCCGCGAGAAACGAGGGCAUAAGCCCGAGAAGAAAAAAAAGAGACUGCUGACUCUUUUGUUCUGUCUGGGGACAACGAAGCUGUCGAGGUAAUUUAAUUAAUCAAUUUAACCCCGGGUAACUUGAAACGAUUUAUAAAUAGAACAUAAACAACUGAAAAUCUUACACUUUCUUUAAAUCUGGUAAGAUUGCCUUGAAUUCAUUUCCAUUGAGGAAAUUUACAGAAGUUUCCUUCUUUAAGAUAUCCUUAAAAGUUUUAUUACUGAGAUUACUGCUUGGUUCGCUAUUGUUUGCAGUUGUUUGUGACGCGUGACUAUUUUUAUUGCUUGCAAUCUCACCACAGACCAGUUGAUGCUCUGUCAACAGCUGUGCAAUUGACCAAUCGGUUACUCUGUUUCUGGACUGAUGGAGGGUUUGUUUACUACAAAAGAGUCAGCAGUCUGUCUUUUCUCAUCUCGUCUCGAUCCCUAUAUAAUAACAUCGUGGUUUGCAAUCGCACUGGAUGAGAUCAAGAACUAGAUGGGUUUUAGGAGAAAAGGCCGACUGCAAGCAGUCUAUGAUACCUACUGGUACCUUAAUAAUUCAUAAUGUAAUAUCUUCAGGAACAUUGACUUAUAUUAACAAGAUCCUGACCUCUGUCAUCUCAACAGGAUUAACUACAACAGGCAGCUCAUCGGUAAGACCUCGCCUUUACACUGCAGCAUCAACUGAAAUUCAUAUCCGUGUGGUGAUUGGGUCCAAGACGUUUUCCCUGCUCACAAGCAUCUUAAAUCAAGUGCAGUCUCUUAAAACGCAGAUAGAAGAAAAGAGUGGCCAGCCUGCAGACUGUCAGUUGUUACGACUGAAUGACAAACUUCUGGUUAUGGAUAGUUUUCAUCUCAGUGACUACCAUGUCAUGGAAAACUCUACAAUUUAUGUUCAGGUUCAUCCUUGGGAUGAAGAGUAUGACUGUUUAUUUCACUUGUUUAACACUUACUGUGUAAUCGUAAUAAUAAUUAUUACUAUUUGCCAUUUGCACAUCUCUUAUAAUACACCUUUUUUUUUGCCCCCCAAAAUUUUGCAUAACCUUUGUUUUGUUUUGUUUUUUUCCUAGUUGGUAUUACAACCAUCCCAAGAGAAAUUAAAAACAAUGCUUAUGCAAAAUUUUGGGGGGCAAACAAGGUGCCUUUUGGGAAAUGUACAAGUGACGAAUUAUGUGGGUCAGUUGUUGUAGCUGAUACCAAGCUUAACAAGGUUUUAAAUACCACAAUUCCUUGAUUAUACCUAACUGCAUUAUUGCUUCAUUACUGAUGAACAUUCACAAAGCAAAACAGAAAACAUGGCUAAAAUAUGCUUACCUCCAUCGAUCCAUCAAUGUUAAGUUCAUCUUUGAUAGUGCAUGUUUAGGUUUGUCCAGCUCCGCAAAUAUUCUCCAAAUAGCAUAUGUCGUCCUUCAAGUUGUCUUCCUGCUGUUCUUGCCAUGUUUUUAACUAUUGUUUCGCCUAGUUCUUACUCUUGAAACGAGUAAAAUGUACGCCAUUUUUCAAGUUCAGAACCAAAACAACUCAACCUCGUCCCCAGGUCUUCUCGGUUAACAGUGCCUUAACCAGUGAAAACGCUGCAUUUUUUACGCCAUUUCCUCGUUAAACACAAAAUUCUUCCAAAUUUGGUCAUCAGUAACUGGUUAUGGUGAAUUAGACGUGUGCUUUUAGCCAAUCAGAAUCAGGAAAAUAUUUUGAAUGAAUAAUAACAGCUAUUAAACCUCUAGUUUGCACUGAUUUCCAAAGAUAACUUUAAGCUCUUAGCCAAUGAAAAGCCAGAUAGUGAGUACAAUAUACAAUAAUUUUUUUUUUCAUUUUGUUACAGAGGCCUUAAAAAGUCUUUUCUUUUUUUCCUUAAUUAGUUGGUACGUUGGUGACCUAACUCAUGAUAAGAUAGAUUCUUUGGUCAAAAGUAUGAGUACUGUACCAAAAGAUGGAAUGUUCCUGAUCAAAGAUAGCAGCACAUCUCCUGGAAACUACUGCCUCUAUGUAUGGUGAGUCUCUAAAAGUACAGUGAAGUGUUAGUUGCAUGUUUCAUUUCUAAUUAAGGGCCCUCUGUAUCUUCCAGAUACAGAGAACAAUUAGUCUAAUAUUUCUUCUAAUACCUUCCUUGCAGCGGCGAUUUUCACUCCUGCUUGCAUAUUUCCCUUGCUCUAUUGUCCCAUAUGAAAACGAAGGACUACGCAUAGUCUAGACAGGUGUGGCUGUUGUUUUUAACAAGCUGUUUGGUAAUGGUCUGUUGUUUUAAUUGAACAGGUGGAAAGGCAAUCCAGUGCGGUAUUUGGUCGAGUUCAAGAAAAAUCGUUUCACAAUUGGAAACGAGCAUCAAUUUAAUAGCUUGUCUGAUUUGGUUAAGGUAUGCAAUGACUAAAAAAUAUAAAGUUCAGUACACUAAGUAUACUAGUCUAAUGUUAAUGCUUUUUGUUAGGAAGAGUAAACUUCUGAUAAAACAUUCUCAGAAACUUAUUUCCAAUAUGCUGAUUUUCCAAGACAGGAGAGGCACCGCCCUCAUUUCUCCUGUCUCGCAGUUUCGCCACUCGACAGUUGUGUGCGCAUGUACUCUCCCAACCAAAUCUGAAGAAUGAGGGAGACUGCUUGCAGUCUAGACCGAUAGAGGAUGUAGAGAACGAUAUACGCGUGUCAAAACUUGACACUCUUGGGUGAUCGAACUUAAGAGGGACACUAAAUACAGUGAAUUAGGGAUGCAAAAUGGUAUGGAGCAAACUCGUUGCUGUUAUGUGUCCUGUUUAUUAUCUUUAGGCUGUUUUUCACGUCUCUGUUGCAAAGGUUUAUUUUAAACGCUUGAUGUUUUGUUAAAACGGUUUAGCGGCAACUUAUAGGGUGUCAACUUAUUAUGUCAUCUCAUUUGCAGUCGUACAGGAAGUGCCGUGGUCGUCUGAAGUCACAGCUUACAGAUCCUGUCAAGGUUGACAAAGACUCAAAAUGUAUGUUUGAUCUCUGUACAGCUGUUCUACAAAUUUUAACACUGUUUUUGAUGCAGUUUUUUGUAUUCUUCAUCAAAGUUGCUUAGUAUUUUAACGUACUUGUAUCUGAUGAAAAGUUUCUAUUUAGUGACUUCAGCGUUGCUCGGUUACAUGUUCGGAGACAAGCAUAUCAGCCAGUAUUUUUUGAAUUUUGUUUAUAUUCAUGUAGAGACAUGAUGAUAAACUGUGUGAUUCUAGAUUUGGUCACAGGCAACCCAGUGCAACUGUUAGCAUUUGUAUAAGAGCCUUCUUGCGCCAUGGUAAAUUCAGGCCCCCAUUGGAUGGUAUUGUCCACCAGAUAAAUCGCUAUCCAGUGGAUAAGUAUUGGGGAAACCGAUUACUUUACCAAUAGGCCAUUUGCACUAAGAGGUCAUGUGACAUCAUUUUUAUGAAAGUGAAUGUAUAUGAUUUUGCCUUCGAAAAACGAUUAGUGGGUCAUUUCCUUUUUCAAACCCGCACCAUUUUCUUAAAAUAAGUAAGUUCUUAGCCGGUCACGUGACCAAAAUGUGAUUUUUUAAAUUAUGAAUUACCUCUUUCUGAACACAUAUUUUGCACUUAAAGUUCAGGGGAAAUGUUAAAAAGAUGAUGUGGUAACGUUUACAGCACAUCUGAGUGUAACUAUCAAACGUUUAAAAAGUAGUUUUGGCCGCCAUGUCGGAGGGCAUACUCUUGCCCUCCAACAUGGCGGCCAAAUUAGAAAUCAUACUACUUUGCUGAAAAAUCAAAGUGCCAUAAAAUAUCUCCCUUAAAUGCGUUUCCCCUCAAAUUUCGCGUGGAAGAUAAUUUUUAUGUGCUCUGUCAAUUUUUGGCAUCAGCAAGAUUCCAACGCAUCGUUUAGUGCAACUGGCCAGGCCAGUUGCACUAAGAGGUCACCCCGCCUAUUGGCUAGAGAUUUAUGCAGUGGAUAGUGUUUUCCACCUUUUGAUCAACUAGGACCAUCACUACAGGGUUUUUUUUUUGUGGUUAAUUUAAUGUGUCUUUUGCUCCCAGGCCGUUUUCCACCAGCUGUGGUUGCUAGAGGAAACAAAGCCAAAGCAGCUUACAGAAGAGCCCUGGAGAAUGGUAAAACACGUGAUGUACGCGUGCGAAUCAUGCUUAUUGGCGAAGUUAAAGCAGGAAAAACAAGUUUAAAGAGAUUCCUUAAGGGGGAAAAAUUCAAUAAACAUGAGGCUAGUACGCUGGGAGUAGACAUGGAUGCACCGUUGCUGAAGGAUGGCUUGAAAGCUUGGAGUGCACAUAAAACAGUUAAGAACAUCAGCGUUUUCGAUCAUAGAAGUGCUCAGCUUGUGGUUCGACAGCUCUCGGAACCUAAUGGCUAUCCUACUUCUGAUUUGGGAAAGGGCCAAUACCCUGCGAGAAAAGGCUUUUCAUGUAGCGAAGCCAAUUGUUCUGAACGCAAGUGUUACCUGAAUCUACCCUCUGCAUCUAACGGUGUAUCCAAUGGGAUAGAGCAUUGCAAAGACAUGCACCACUUCAAUGAACGUUUGAAAGGUAUCGUAGCCAACUCUUUUAAGUUAACACGUACCAUGUGGGAAUAACGAAAACACAUGUCACUUCUUUUUUCUGUGUUGCGAAAGGGCCUUGAAAUAUAUUUGAUGUUUUUUCCUUCAAAAACUGUGAUGAAAAAAGUUGAAAUGACCUUUUCCCUAAACUGUGAAUGAAUAUUCUUGAGCAAUCCUUGUCUGAGUAGAUGUCGUGGAAAAUAUGACAUGUUAUAAUCUACAUGUUGCUUGGAGCACAAGUGUUAGAAUAAUUAAGCUGCAACUCUUGUAAGUCUUUCUUUGAUCCAAGAACUCAAAAGUUUGUGUUGAAAUGAAAACAUCGUAUAGUUUUUAUUUUCAAGUGAUCCAUGAACUUCAACUUCAACUUUAUUUAAAUUUGAAAAUAUAGCAAGAGAUACAUUGGGACUGGCCUGCAGUUAGCGAGGCUAUUCGAGGCAGGCCAGGCUACAUAAUUUACAACAAACUAGACAAAAUAGAUACGUUCUACUUAAAUGCAAGGACAAUAAUUAAGGUGAAAUUUUAAAAAUAAAAUACAAUGAAAAUAACGGACAAGAGAAUUACUUUUUCAUUUUCACGAUGAUCGUAUCCACAUCAAUAUAUGAGGCUUCAGUUUCAAGGAAAUCGAGUAGCAUUUCUUUUAGUGAUCUUUUAAAAGCUUUUUUCGGUCUUUCUUUAAGGAUUUGAGGUAUCCCAUUCCAAAUUUUGACCCCAACACGCGAAAAAGCAUUUCGUCCAUGAAGUUUGCACUUAAAAUAGUCAGGUAAAGCUCAAACAGUUUUGAGUCCAUGCUCAUUUUAGGUGCCUCUUUUUCAGGAAUACCGAAUGGAACAGAUCAUUACGAAGGACCGCCCUCACCAUUUCUCCAAGAUGAUGUCUUCACCAGUGAUCAAGUUAUUUCAGAUCCUCUUCCGAUGAAUAUGGCCAGCUUGGUAGAGGAUAUUCUCACGAGCGAUCAGGACCCAUCAGACAAUCUGCCGCAGAAUGUGGCUAAUUUAGUAGAGCGCAUGCUCCGACAGGAACAGUUCUCUGCUUCAGAGGAAGUAUGGCCUGUGAUUUGGGACUUUUCUGGUCAAUCUCUUUUACAUGGAAUGAAUCCAAUCUUCAUGUCACGGGAAGCCGUAUAUUUACUGGUGUGUGACUUGACCAAGGAUCUCUUCAGCAAAGAACGUACGGGUCAGUCUGCACGAGCAACUAAUAUGCAACACAAAACUGACUCUUGUUUCGAUCAUCUGGUGAGGUGGAUGGACUUGGUUCAUUCCUUUCAUGAUACCAGCGCCGGAAGUGUUACAAGCUCUGCCCAGCCGCCAGUUAUCUUAGUUGGAACACAUGCCGACAAAGUCAGUGGCGAUCCUUGGAACCGUUUGGAAGCCAUUUUGGACAGUUUUCAUGGAAAGGCAUUUUCGUCGCUGAUUGUUGACAAGUUUUCUGUUGACAACACUCGGGCUGGGCAAGCUCAAGAGGAUCCAACUAUUGUAAGAUUACGGCAAAAGAUCAUUUCUGUGGCCUCCUUAUUGCCUCAUACAAACAGGGAAAUUCCUCUUCAGUGGCUUUGUGUGGAGAAGGUACUCCAUCGCCUUGCUGGAGAAGGAUUUAAGUAUAUCACUCUGCAACAGUUUAAAGAAGUGGCUAAAAGAGUGUGUCGUUUUCAAGUGCAUGAAGACAGUGACGAGCUGUUGCAUUUUUUGUGUGAUUGUGGUGCUAUUCUUUAUUUCAACGAAACUGAUGAGUCCAACAGCUUGGUUUUCCUGGAUCCACAGUGGUUAGUUCAUCUAUUCUGUGAAAUUAUAACAGUUGUUUCUGGGAAGAAAGAACCGAUGAAUAUCCGGCAAUGCCGCCAAACUCUUGCUAAAAAAGGCAUCUUGUCAGAAGAGCUUGUCAACUUUGCCUGCCAAGAAUCUGACGUCAACCUCUCCAAAGAAUCACUUCUUUCUGUCAUGGAGAAAGCAAGCCUUGUUUGCCGACUUGAAGUCCAAAAUGGGGAGGUGGUCUACCUUGUACCAUCAAUGCUGCCGGCUACGCCAGAAAACGAAAUUUUGGGAUUAAUUGACCAACAUAUGACUGCACCAGUUUAUGUCACUUUCAACACUGGGUAUAUUCCGUAUGGAUUAUUCUCCAGAUUCGUUGUGUUGUUUUCCGAUUGGGCUUCAAAGGAGCACUCUGCAAGGCCUCCCAAAAUGUCUGCAAACACAGCGAGGUUUUUUAUUGGGAAGAAAAAAGACUACGGUUUGACGUUUGCUUUCUUCAAAAGUGUGGUAAUGGUUCAUGUUCUGCGAGAAGGUAGCAAAGAAGAGGAAACAGAGAUGACUGCCAUCUGCCAACAAGUUUACAGGUUGGGUAUUUAUGUUACAUGAAAGGCUUUUAAAAUACUACCCCUGUGCCCUGCAAGCUUGUAUACAGAAAGGGCAAAAUCGGCCCUUUUUUCGUUUUUUUCUGGGUGCCAUCUUUGAUUGCAAUGCGGAAUUUCCGCAAUGGCAUGGUCUUGAAGAAAACCAUGUCUCGUGCGAUGCCCUUGAUGUUUCCCACACAUUGCCAUCAAGUUUUUUUUCGCUUAAGUAUAAAAAGCUACUUUGAAUGGUUAAUUCUAAGAAGUCAGUCGGUUCAGCUCUCGUGUUGAAUCAGAGCGAUCCAAGAUCACUUUUCAGACCGUAACCGUUUAAACAGAGGAAAGCCAAGGGGUAGAGACUUAUCAGAUGUCCUACCACUCUCAUUUAAUCAGGGCCUCAGUCUUAUUGAGAGCCACUCAAUGAAGGUUAAAAUCUGUUUUCAGGAUCACCCUUUCCAGUUAUCAUUGUUAGUUUUCUUUUGAUGUCUUGUUGCAGAUGUAUUGAAGAUAUCCUAGAUUCUCUUCAUCUGCGGUGUCAUUGGCUGCACUCCAUUACAUGGACGCUGUGUGCACGCUGUGAUAUGUGUUUGGGUGAAAGUGAAGGAGAUGAUGGCUGUUCCUGGCACCAUACUCCUUCCUGUCCACAUCCCGAUUGUGCCCACUUUAUUCCAUUAGGCCCUGAUUGGCCAUUGAGGUGUGAUCAGACUAUGAAGGCUAAAACCCUACUGGAUGAAUACAAGCUUAAGCCUUGGCUAAAGGUACAUAGUUAUGCUCUACAGUUACCUUGCAAGCUACUGACUCUUUACAGUUACUCUGCACAGUUGAAGACAAGGAACACAGGCUGUGGGGCUGAUUCAAGUGUUGCAAACAAUAAGUGCCAGUGUUUUAGCAGCUCUUUUGCAUGGCACGUUAAGUUAUUUACCUUAAAAAGAAAGUCUUGUUGAUUUUGCUGAAAUAAUUUCGCAUACUGAACUACUGGGCCUUUCUAUACUAUUGCUGUAACCCGUAAUGUCCUAUGUAUUACCGUUGCAAAAUUAAUAAUUGAUCGUCAAUCAUCUUAUACCGUUUCAUUUUUUUCCACAGCUUUUUCGUCGAAAUCAUGUUGCAGGUAAAUAUUACCUUCCUACGCAGACGUCCAUCUUUGAAUCUCUUAUACUUAAACAAAUUGAUCUCUAUUGUAAAACCCAUUAUAACACAUGUAUUACACAUAGACUAAACUUUAGUAUGAUAUUAUUUUUUGGGCGAUCGGAAUAAAUAUCACGUGACAAUGACGUCACAAUAGUUUUAGCUCUAAAUCGAAUUUAUGCCCUUAUCAGCCUUUCUUUGGAAAUGCUUUACGCUACCUAUACUUUGGGUGCUUGUCUUCUGAUGUGCCAAGUUUCACAAAAAUCUAUGAGAGGAAUUUCGACAUAUCUUGGAAUUUCUACAAAAACGGUUUAAAUUAUGCAUAAACGUAAGGCUGGACUUAAUGCAGACAAAUUUGCUGACUUUUGGAGGUUUCCGAAAAGUUUUUAUUACUCAUUCGUUUUGCAAAUGACCUUAUACAAUCUACAACUGGCUAAACUCAAGUAGACUUGCGCGAUUUGGAAAAAAAACAUGAAAACAUGUGAAUCAACAAAUGUAAUGCUAAGCUCUUUUUGUAAUGUCUAAGGCUACUUUCACAAAAACAGCGAUUCAAUCAAAAUUCGUCUAUAGAUUUUCUUUAAAAAAUUUCAGUGCUGCAAUUGAUCAGUGUACUGUAAAAUCCCCGAAUUUCGUCUCCAUUGAAAACUUUUUAAGUUGUCUAACGUAGGCGCAAAAUUAAGUAAAUAUUGAAGCGACGUCAUAGGUCUGCCUAAAUUUUUCAAUUUCCCAUUGUCUGAAGGACUCAAGGAAAUAAUCCUUAUUUUGAUGAGUAUCUAAUAUUCACUGUAGGCACGGCUAAACUUGACGUCCAAUUUUCAAUUUAGUACAAGAAUCAAUAUUUAUACAUCAGAAGUCUAAAACACUCUUGCACUUACAUGCCGGCAACUCUUUUUAAUACAAUUUUCAAAUACCUUUGUGGUUACAUUGUACCUUGCAGACGACCUUUGUUUUAAACCUGGUGUUGUGUCACUUGAUGACUUAUUGUAUCUCGCACACGACCUGGGUUUACAGUGGAAGAGACUGUGCCGCAUUUUGUUGGGUGCUAAGGAGGUCGAACAUAUUGAUCACGAUCAAAAAACCCUUUAUGACAAAUGUUUCACCAUGUUGGAUCGAUGGAAAAAGUCUCAGGCAUCAGAUGCUACGUAUGCUGCAUUAGGAAUGGCCUUAAUGCACGAAGACCUCCAGGCUGAAGAACUCUGUGCAAAGUAUUGCCAGCAACCGUAAGGCCCUCGUGAAAGCAGUGCUGGUAUAUGUAUGUUCGACGCUAAGAUACCUAUUUCUGACUGACUGGAGGUGAAUGUGAUCCUUAUUGAAUAAACAACAUUUUUAAAAACUGAAUCAUUGGAUAAUGCAAUCAUAGAGCUCUGAUUGGCUUAGCCAUCAUGGUAUAUGAGCCAUGAUACCAUGCUUUCCAAAUAUGCUCGAAAUUAAAAACAAGCCAAAAAUCGGUUGUUCUUACAAAUAAAGUCGGGAACAAGUCUAAAACAUUCCUGCACUUAAAUACCGGCAACUCUUUUUAAUACAAUUUUCAAAUACCUUUGCGGUUACAUUGUACCUUGCAAGCGACCUUUGUUUUAAACCUGGUGUUGUGUCACCUGAUGACUUAUUGUGUCUCGCACACGACGUGGGUUUACAGUGGAAGAGUCUGUGCCGCAUUUUGUUGGGUGCUAAGGAAGUUGAACAUAUUGAUCACGAUCAAAAGACCCUUGAUGACAGAUGCUACACCAUGAUGGAUCGAUGGAAAAAGUCUCAGGCAUCAGAUGCCACGUAUGCUACAUUAGGAAUGGCCUUAAUGUACGAAGACCUGCAGGCAGAAGAACUCUGUGCAAAGUAUUGCCUGCAACCGCAAUGCCCUCUUGAAAGCAGUGUUUAG